AUGAUGGAGAGAUUGUUGGAACCCCUCAUACUCGGGAGAGUAAUAGGGGAUGUUCUUGAUUUUUUCUCUCCAACCAUAAAAAUGUCGGUCACUUAUAAUGGCAAUAGACUAGUCUACAAUGGACGUGAGUUCUGUCCGUCUGCAGUCGACACCAGACCAAGGGUUGAGAUUCAAGGAGGUGAUAUGAGAACUUUUUAUACACUGGUGAUGAUUGAUCCUGAUGUCCCUGGACCUAGUGAUGCAUACCUCAAGGAGCAUCUCCAUUGGUUAGUCACAGACAUUCCAGGCACGACAGAUGCCACAUUUGGAAGAGAGUUGGAGAUCUAUGAAAUCCCGAAGCCUAACAUAGGUAUCCACAGGUUUGUGUUUGCUCUCUUCAAGCAAAAAGGCAGACAAACAGUACAUAAACCACCUGCUUCAAGGGAUAAUUUCAGCACUCGAGCUUUUGCUGCAGAAAAUGACCUCGACUUACCCGUUGCUGCCCUUUUCUUCAAUGCACGGUGAGAAACCGCUGCAAGAAGACGAUAACUGCGCCAUGUAUGUGUUCAAUAAAUUGGUGCACAAUUUAUAUUCCGCUAACUAAAAAUAUGUGCAUGAUAAAAUUACGAGUUACACAUGCGAAAUAUAGAACAGAAUUUUGACUUAUCGAAUCAAGAUACGUGCAUAAAAAAUAAAUAAAAUGACAACUUACUGAUAUCUAGGAAAAAUCAGAAAUUAGAAGGAGAUGAAAUGAAACGAGGUAAGCAGAUCGGUAAAUAAAAAUUCUAUUCUAUAUUUUGCAUGUGUAAGCGGAAUAUAAAUUAUGCACUUGAAGAGUCAUAUCCAAUCAAUGUACCUAUUGGAGACUUUUCCAAUUCAAAUAUUUUAAUUGGAAUAUUAUCCUGAAAUUCCAACAGUAUCACAACCAGAAUAAUAGGACUUUCUGAGUUAAUCGUGCAUGAAGGUAAAUAAUAACAUGAAAAAAAAAAUGUCUCGUCUGUACUGGUGUCUGCAGGUUCAUUUGAACUGAAUCAGAAAAAUCUGUAUUCUUUGCUUAUUCGGUCUUGUUAAAUUGAUAAAAAAGUUCCACAUA